AUGAUACGACAACCAUCAUUCCUAUCUCCUUACAAGCAAUAUUUGGUGCCUUUGGGGCUCAAAAGAUGGAAAAGUUUGCUUACUUAUGAAGACUACAAUAUUCUUCCAUCCCAUUUCAAACAACAAGAACCCGAUUCAGACGAUGAAAUCGUGGUGGCGAUGAGUUCAGGGGUAGAUUCGUCUGUUGCGGCCGCAAUCUAUGCAAAAAAAUACAAAAAUGUUAGAGGAAUUUAUAUGGCGAAUUGGUCCCAGACUGCAAAAUGCACCGAAGCCGAUUGGAAAGAUGUUCAACGAAUUUGUGAGCAGAUUCAAAUCCCUUGUGAGCGUGUCAACUUCGAGAGAGAAUAUUGGAGCGACGUUUUCCAGCCAAUGAUCUCCGCUUAUCAAGAAGGCUUGACACCCAAUCCGGAUGUUGGCUGCAACAAAUAUGUCAAGUUUGGCAAGAUGGUCGAGCAUCUUGGAGCCAUGUUGGGGAAAGACAGAAAAUGGUGGCUCGUCACGGGUCACUAUGCCAGGAUUAUGAAAAACGAAAAUACUCAAAGAUUCAGUCUAUUGCGUGGACUAUAUCCCAACAAGGACCAGUCUUAUUACCUCUCGAUGGUUCCAUAUUCGAUUUUGUCGAAUGUUCUCAUGCCUAUAGGCCAUAUGACCAAGCCAGAAGUUCGCCAGAUCGCCAAAGACUUGAAUCUUCUUGUUGCUUCCAAACCAGACUCCCAAGGUCUCUGUUUUGUGUCGCAAGAAGAGAACAGUUUCCGCAAGUUUCUCGAUGAAUAUAUAGAGCCCAAUCCAGGGAAUAUCGUGACCGAGGAUGGCAAGAUCUGGGGCCAGCACCAGGGACUUUGGCAUGCUACCAUUGGCCAAAAACUGGGAAUAUCGAUGCCGCAGGGAAAUCCCGAUUACAAAGGGGUUUGGUUUGUGAGCGAAAAAAGACAGGCUACGAAUGAGUUGGUGAUUGUUAAAGGCGGAAACCACCCUUCUCUUUUCAAUAGCAAAGUCUUGGCGGAAAACUGGACUUGGAUCGACGAAAAAAAUGUUGCAAAAGCUGCCGAUAUGCCUUACCACAUUCAGUAUCGGUCGCUUCAAUUUCCCCUAAAAGUCAAGGCGAUUGUGCCAAAAGCUGACAGCCUUGAAAUAGAGCUAGAAGAGAAAGCCAGAGCCAUGGCACCCGGCCAAAACUUGGUCUUGUACAAAGAUAGCCAGGUCUUGGGAUCUGGAGUGAUCAAGCGAGCGUUUGAUUAA